AUGGAUGAGAACAACGAAGAUGUCCCAAAGGUAUCUGAUUCCUCUCAAGAAGGGCCUUCAAAACGUGUCUCAGACACGAUCUAUUUGAAGGUAUUAGUUCCAUCUAUUGCUGCUGGUGCCAUUAUUGGGAAAAAUGGGGAAGCUAUUGGUCAAAUGCAGAGGGAAACUGGAGCAAAAAUCAAGUUGUCUAAACUGAAUGACUUUUACCCAGGCACAACGGAGCGCGUAUGUUUGAUCCAGGGUCCGUUAACUGGCGUGAGAGCAAUGCACAAUUACAUCAUGGAGCGCAUAUUCGAUAAGCCUGAGAUCUCUGCGCCCGCUGUGACGCCGAGUGGUCACAUUGCGCUACCGCAGGCCGCCGAGACCCCCGCCAUCGCCCCACCCGGAUACGCCCUAUGGCCCCUUGCCGCCGUCUGUACCACCAGCGCACAACCUCUCUCCACCAAUCGCUUGCUCUGGGAGCGCCAUAAACAGGUGAAAAUCCUUGUGCCCAACUGCACCGCAGGCCUGGUUAUCGGGAAACAGGGCAGUUACGUGUCAGAAAUCAAGGAGGCUACAGGCGCGUUCAUUCAAAUCUCUCAAAAAUCGAAAGAUAUCAAUCUGCCGGAGCGGUGUAUCACAAUUGCCGGUGAAGCAGAUCAAUUACGCGCAGCCGUUGACAUGGUACUAACAAAAAUAGCGGAGGAUCCGCAGUCGGGCACCUGUCCAACGAUCUCCUACUCCCAUGCACAGGGUCCAGUGGCUAGUGCCUACCCCACUGGUUCUCCCUUCGCCUAUACCACACCCGCACCUCCUCCAACACCACAGACACAAACCCUUCUACCCUCGCGCCAUCCCGCUGCCGCUAUUGUUCGUCAGAAAAGUGACGGAGGAAUCCCCAUGACCGGUGCCUACUACCACAAUGCCCUUCAAGCCACUUACUUCGCUGCUGCUGCUGCCGCUGCUGCAGCUGCCGCCGAUUACCAGCGACUUUUCGCUGCUGGUUAUCAACAACAACAGCAACAACAGCAUCGUGUCAUGGAGGCAGCACAAAGCGGAGAGGCUUCUGGCGCUAGCAGCAGUCUUGAAAGUGGUGGUGGUGGUGGGUUUGUCAGUCCUCUUACUCCACCGUCCGGCGAACAGGACGCAUCCUCCUCUUCCUCCUUCUAUACUACUCCACUACUGCCCGCCAGUCAGAUGAUUCUUCAGUCACCAACUGCUGCUGCACCUUUCGCUCUUAUUCAACCCAAUGCUGUGGCGGCGGGAGGAAUGUACGCCUCCCCCACAGGCCUGGAGAGCCCCUUGGAUCCCUCCAGUUUUCCUCUGGUAGCUUCAUCUCCACCUCCACCUCCUGCUAGUGCAAUUAACACAUUCAGUGGUAGUGGAGGUGGAGGCGUAACGGCGGCGUUUUUUUCUCCUCUUCGUGCCUCUUCCCCACUCUCCACAACACCGGCCACCACAGCCACCGCGGCUUGGUUGCGUUCGCGAGGAUUCUCGGAGGAGGCGGUGGCUGAGAUCACUCACGCCAUGUCCACCCUUUCGGCUCAUGGUGUGUUAAAUAUUAGUGCGGUAGCACCCUCUGAAUCAAUGGUCUUGGCUCCGCCGUUAUCGCAUCCACCGCCACCACCAGCUCCUUCGACGCAGGCUCUUCAAGCGUCUCCGAAUGAAGAGACUGAGACUGAGGCGGUUGUGUCUGGCGGAACUGAUUCUGGAGGUAACAGUUAUUUUCGUUGA